AUGAAACCCGCCCACUCUGUGCUCCUCUUCGGGGCCCUCCUCGCUGUUGCCGCAAUUGCGGACGCCACCACCACCUGUAGUUCUGGCCGUUCUGGCAGCGGCACGUGCAAAUGUGAUGGCAGCGGUUUCGGCGUCCGGGGCAGCUGCAAGACUGAGAACAACUGCAACACCAACAAGAACUUCAUUUUUGGAGCGUCUAACACCUGCCAGUGUAAGUCCGGCUACUAUAAGUACAGUUUGACUACUUGCAAAACGUGCAAAGAUGCGGCGCAUACCUCCAAGACAACUUCAUCAUGCACACCGCCAGUAACCUGCCCCAGUGGCCACAGAGACGGGGGGUCAGGCAAGUGCACGUGCAACUCCAAUAUCCCCGCCGAAUUGAGGACCUCGAAGGACACUUGCAAGUGCAAAUUGGGCCAAGGGAGCACCGGUGUCUGCGGCGACCCGCAUUUCAUCGGAGGCAAUGGCGUCAGGUACGACUUCCACGGUGUCCCUGAGAAGUCCUUCUGCCUCAUUUCCGACAAGGCCUUCCACCUGAACGCUCACUUCAUCGGCCAAAACGGCCUAGAGACUGGCAUGGACGGCACCUGGAUGGACCAGCUUGGAUUUGUCUUCGUGUCUGGCAGCAAGCAGCACUCCCUCUCCGUGCACCUUGUCUCUGAGGAGGACUUCGCCAACGAGGUUUCAGACGUCUUCGUGGUGGCUUACGACUCUUCUCCCAUCACUGUCAGCCUCCCCACCAGCGGCAAGAACGUGUGGACGUCCGAUGACGGCCUUGUGACCAUCUCUCGGACGUCCGAGGUGGCCAGGCUGACCCUGACGCUCAAGGGCCACUUCCAGACGACUCUUACCGCCAGCGAGCACGAGUUCCCUGACGGUCACCACAUCGACUUCGAUGUUGACGUCAUGAACAUCACCAACUCUGCUCAUGGCAUCCUGGGGCAGACCUUCCAGCCGGAGCGCCUCCACGUGGUUGCUGGCAGCGCCGAGAAGAAGAUGGACCAGGCCGACGUUGUCGAGGGCGGCGAUCACGACUACAUCUCCACCAACCUGAUGGCCACUGACUGCAAGUUUUCCCGGUACUCUGCCCCGAGCCUCAUCACCCUCACCCGCCGCCUGAUGGGAGGAGCCCGGUUGGAGGAGCCCGUCUACUCCCACUCCCUCAGCUGCGCCAGCGACGCCGGCUAUGUCAGCUGCAUGAUUUAA